CAAUGCGCUGUUUGGGGCGUGUUUUUGUCUGUGCAGUCAGCGCGUUGUUUUUCCGCACAAACUGGACGGCAGCAUCAAUUCCAGUCGAAAAUGGCCACGCAUAAUACUGCAUACACUCUACUGGAGGAGGAAGUCCCGACCGGGACGUCAUUCGUGCCGACGUCGAUGGGCACUCCCGGGGGUCUCCCCCCUUUGCCUCCACCGGUCGCAUUUGGACCAAAUGUACCUGGAGCUUACAGAAUGAGCGACCCUGCAUCUUCGCCGUAUUCCCCACCUCCCUAUGGAUUUCACGACAACAAACCCGGUAAACAACAUUGUAGUUUUACAUUCACUCCGAGAUACAGUACGUCAAUGCAUUUGACGUCCCUUUUGAUUGCCGACACUUUAGGUGACGCUUACCACAGUGAGGAAGACCCACCACCUUUUGACGAUAACCAGGACUUCGGUUAUGGAUUGGAUGAUAAAAGCAUAAGACGAGCUUUCAUUCGGAAGGUUUUCUUGGUGCUCACUGCUCAGCUGGUGGUGACGUUCUCCUUCGUAAUGGUUUUCACCUUUGUGGAAGGAAUCAAGGCGUUCGCGAAGGAGAACAUCUGGCCCUAUAUUUUGUCCUACGUUACAUUCUUUGUUUGCAUGUGCGCAAUCAGCUGCUCUGGAAACCUCCGUAGGAAACAUCCAUGGAACCUGGUUGCAUUAUCCAUCCUGACUCUCAGUAUGUCAUAUAUGGUUGGAAUGAUUGCCAGCUUCCAUGAAACUGACAUAGUGCUCAUGGCAUUGGGAAUCACAGCUGUGGUUUGCUUUACAGUGGUCGUCUUCUCUCUCCAGACCAAGUAUGACUUCACUUCCUGUUAUGGCGUGAUGUUCGUAUGCUUGGUUGUUCUCGUCCUCUUCAGCUUCCUGUGCAUCAUAUUACAGAACGGAAUCCUGAACAUUUUUUAUGCUGGACUGGCAGCCUUGCUAUUCACCUGUUUCUUGGCAGUGGAUACCCAGCUGCUGCUUGCCAACAAGGAACUGUCCCUGCAUCCAGAAGAAUACAUCUUUGCUGCACUUAACCUGUACAUGGACAUCAUCAACAUCUUUAUCUACAUUCUUUCUUUGGUGGGAAGAGCAAGAGGGAGCUAAGCCCAAGAAAGUGACAGAAAAUCAUAUCGGAAGACUGUUUUUGAUGAUUCCGUUCAUGGAAGCAAGUUGUACCCUGAUUUGUUUAGUUGUUGUCACUGAUCAAAGUACUCUAGUACGUUAUCUUUUCUUGACCUAGCCUUUUAUAGAACAAAUGUUAUCCAGUGCUUAUAUAACUAUGAAUAAAUUAAUGUAGAUUGGUUGUUUGUAA